UUUCAUGUUUUUAAUCAGACGCCGAUCUACGCACAUGUAGGACUAGAGUUAAGUGACGUAGACUGGUAUAUAACGAAGUAUUGUCUCCAUCUUUAUGCGGGCUACUGCUUGUUGCCACAGAACUGCUUUUGCGAGCGGAGGGAUAAAAAUCUCUGAUACAAGAGACGAACAGGUGCAUGACGCAAAACAGUCAUUCAUAGAGGUGUAGGCUAACUAACUAAUCCGCUCAGCAUCACCAGCAAACACGUAUACCCAAAGCUAAGGUCUAACUGUACGCUACAGUAGAGCUGACUGUGACGGAGCUGGAACAUGGUUUAAAAGAAACCUCAACCAAAUGCUUUCAGUAGCUGCUUGACCUGGUCUAGGUAGCUACGAGGAGUGCUGGUGAAGCCCUCAGUCUGGCUCUGUUGUCCAACUGUUGAUACUCUGCAGAUAUCUCCAGCAUGUCAGGUAGCUACACUCCGGCACCUGGGGGCCCUUUCUCAGCUCUCACACCCAGUAUGUGGCCUCAAGAUAUCCUGGCCCAAUACUAUCGGAAAGAUCUGAGCAUGGAAACAGAGCCUCAGUAUGAUGAGUUCGGGUUCCGUAUUGACAGUGAAGACGGGGUGGAGUCGCGGGAUUGGCUUCAGGGGGAAGGCACCCCCCAGAGGGAGGACCCCCAGCAGAGACUUCGCUGGCAGGCCCACCUGGAAUUCACACACAACCACAUGGUGGGAGACCUCACCUGGGACCUGAUCUCGCCGAGCCUGCCCCGAUCUGAUCGGCUCCGCUCGCUCGUGCUGGGCGGCAUACCACACAGCAUGAGACCGCAGCUGUGGAUGCGAUUGUCAGGGGCCCUGCAAAAGAAAAGAACUUCAGAGAUUUCUUACAGAGAGAUUAUCAAGAAUAGUUCAAAUGAUGACACCACAGCAGCCAAACAGAUAGAGAAGGACCUUUUGCGGACCAUGCCCACUAACGCGUGCUUCAGUACCGUGACUAGUGUCGGUGUGCCUAGGCUCCGGCGGGUCCUAAGAGGGCUGGCCUGGCUCUAUCCAGACAUCGGCUAUUGUCAGGGCACUGGCAUGGUGGUGUCGUGCUUGCUCCUAUUCCUGGAAGAAGAGGAUACCCUGUGGAUGAUGUGUGCUCUGAUCGAGGACCUCCUGCCUCCUUCCUACUUCUCCUCCACCCUGCUCGGGGUGCAGACAGACCAGCGCGUGCUCCGCCAGCUCAUCGUGCAGUACCUACCUCGUCUGGACCGCCUGCUGCAGGAGCACGACAUAGAGCUGUCCCUGAUCACCCUGCACUGGUUCCUCACCUCCUUCGCCAGUGUGGUGGAUAUCCGCAUCUUGCUGCGCAUAUGGGACCUGCUCUUCUACGAAGGUUCCAUCGUUCUUUUCCAGGUCACACUGGGCAUGCUCAAGAUCAAGGAGGAAGAGCUGGUGUCAUCAGAGAACUCUGCAUCCAUCUUCAACACGCUGUCGGACCUGCCUAGCCAGCUGCAGGAUGGAGCGGUGGUGCUGGGGGAGGCUGUGAGGCUGGCAGGCUCACUCUCCCAGGACACCCUGGACGCCCAACGCCACAAGCACCUGGCCUAUAUUCUGGCUGAACAGGCACAGCUGAAUACCAACAACUCCCAUUCACUCAACGCGAACCUCAAUAAGGUGGCACGCAGGCAGAGUCUACGCAGGAAGUCCACGCUGAGCUCGCUGCUGUUUGGAGAAGACGAGGCCGAGGCACUCAAGGCAAAGAACAUCAAGCAGACGGAGCUGGUGGCAGCGCUGCGCGAGGCCAUCUGCCGCACGGCUGAGCACUUCCACUGCCUGGACCCCCGCCACUCCUCAACGGACUUAACUCCAGACUACUCUAUGGAAAGCCAUCAGCGGGACCACGAGAACUUUCUCGUGGUGUCUCGAAAUCGUAGGAGACGGGCCAAGGCCCUGCUGGAUUUUGAGCGGCAUGACGAUGAUGAACUUGGCUUCCGAAAAAACGAUAUCAUCACGAUCAUCUCACAGAAGGAUGAGCACUGCUGGGUGGGGGAACUCAACGGGCUCAGGGGUUGGUUUCCAGCCAAGUUUGUUGAAAUCCUGGAUGAACGGAGUAAAGAGUAUUCACUGGCAGGAGAUGACUCUGUAACAGAGGCGAUCACAGAUUUAGUGCGGGGAACACUGUGUCCAGCGUUGAAGGCCAUUUUCCAGCAUGGCCUGAAGAAGCCUUCCAUACUUGGAGGACCCUGUCACCCCUGGCUCUUCAUCGAGGAGGCUGCAAGCAGAGAGGUUGAGAGGGACUUUAACUCUGUCUACUCCAGACUGGUGUUGUGCAAGACCUACAGGUUGGAUGAAGAUGGAAAGGUGCUCACUCCUGAGGAGCUGUUGUACAGAGCUGUGCAGUCUGUCAAUAUGAGCCACGACUCUGCACACGCUCAGAUGGAUGUCAAGUUCCGCUCCCUCAUCUGCGUUGGAUUGAAUGAGCAGGUCCUGCACCUGUGGCUGGAGGUUCUCUGCUCUAGUGUAAACACAGUGGAAAAGUGGUAUCAGCCAUGGUCCUUCCUGCGCAGUCCUGGCUGGGUGCAGAUCAAGUGUGAGCUCAGAGUCCUCUCCAAGUUUGCCUUCAGUCUCUCCCAAGACUGUGAAUUGCCUGCCAAAAAAGAGGAAAAGGAACAAAAGCCUCUGAAAGAGGGCGUUCAGGACAUGCUGGUGAAACAUCAUCUCUUCAGCUGGGACAUCGAUGGCUAGACUACAGCUCAAACCCAGAGCCUAUGAUGCACAUCAGAUACGCUCACACUCAUUCAUUCUCGCCACAGCAGAAAAAGAUGGAGGACUUGCUGUUAAAAGUGAUAGCUGCCGAUUUUGUUAAUUGCUUUACAUAAGUUUGAAGUCGUGCGUGUUUUGAGUGUAUAGACACCAAUGUCACCAAUGGCCAAUUUUGUGUACUUGCACACGAAAAAAAAAAAAAAAAAGCGACUCACUGAGUCAACACUUUGAGAGCAUGCAAUAUGCACUUCUUCAAAAUCUUUUCCUCAGCAAGCAUUUUCUCUGAAUCUGAAAUGAGCUCCAAACUGCUGGUCUCCUUUCUGGUCUGCCUUUUUGGACUCUACAUUGUGUGGAGUUGUCCGAAAUAAGACUAUGAAGGGCAUUCUUGGAGCAAUGAACGAAUUUGAUUUCUACACUUCUGUGAAUCUACACCUUCCUCCCUCGCACAUUGUUCAUUGUUUGUAAAGCUAUCACACUAUUCAUGUUCUGAAGAGCUCUGUGUGAGGUGACCACCCUACCAGUGGUCAUAUGAGACAAAGCUAGUUUGCUACUACUUGACUUGGUUUUGCACAUCACUACGUUGUUAGAUUUUUGUUUUUCCCUAUGAGCACUGAAUAUAACAUUCACUGAACAAGGGGAAAUGCAUGUAUUUGAUGCAGUAGUCAUUUCACUAUUACUAGACCUUUUUGUUUAACAAUUUCAAGAAUUCUGUAAGGGUGUCGGUGUAUUGUUGAACAGCAGCUUUAAAUUCUAAAUGGAAUUACCUUUGGAAAUAGUUUGUCGGCUAUCCUUUCUAACUUCUGCUGAAGUGUAGGUGCAUUAAUAUGGCAUACCCCAACACUACUUAUAAUAAAGCUGCAAAGUAAAAUGGGGCAGGUAGUGGAUCUUGAGUAGAAACUACAUUUGCUGUAUUACAGAGUUCUUAAGGCUCCUGGGCUAAUGAGCAGACCUUUUCAUAGUGGGAGUGCAGCUAUUUUUGUAACUCAACUUGCAUGAGUUAGGGAGUCUAGGGAGCCAAAAGAGCUUAAUGAUUUAUCACGAAGCAGCUUAGUUUUUGCAAAUGUGAUCUUUCUUUCAGAUAAACCGGCAAAGACAUAUGUUUAGUUUAAAAAUGCAAAUUAUAGAUGAGUACUUAACUGCUGGGUUAUGUAUCACAGUGGGCCAGAUUAUAGGUGGGCUUUGCUGUACAGCUAGGGUUAUGGAGUAGUGGUCUAUGGGGUUAGAUGUAUAUGUCUCAUGCUGAGAAUGCUGAUCUGUGAUCAGUUUUUAAUCAUAUUCUAUUGAUUACCAGUUACAUGGCAACAAAGAAGCUGGUACUAGCUCAGCAUCUAAUUGCUGUUGGUGUAUGCUGACACACAUCAUUUCUAUUGCACGUUUUGUUCUAGGGUUUAAAUGUCCAUUCUGAACCAAGCCCUUUUAGCACAGGAGCCUUCUGGGACCUUGGGCUGGAGUGGAGUUUAGAUCAGGGGUGUGGUAGUGUAGGACCAGAGUCCAGUGCAGUGUGGCUACAUUUCCUGCUCUUAACACGCCUUCUAAAUUUGGCAAAGAAUAGAUGUAUUGGAUCAGGUGUGUAACAGCAGGAAUAUCACCCCAAUGGACUCUGAGCCAAAACUGGGCCGCCCUGGUUUAGGGCAAUCACAUUCCAGAUACUGUGUGACUUCAAAAGGAAGAAACACAGCAUGACCAACAUAAUCAACAGCUUUGAGGGCAUUCUUUUACGUGAACAUUGACAAAGAUCCAUACAUGAAAUAAAUCUCUGCAAGAACCCCAUUUGGUUUGCUCCCCCCCCCCCCCAAAAAAAAAAAAAAAAAAUGUUCUUGCUUAUAAUCUUUACCCCUUUAGAACACUUCCUGUUGUAGAAUUCAGUUUAAAAAUGGACUCAUCCCACAAACACUCCAAUUUUUUCCCUUAUUAAUUUACUCAACAAAACUGGUAAAGUGACAAACAGCAAUAGACAGGGGUAGAACAAAUUAUUUGCCACCAGUUUAUUAUAUGGUAACACAACUGGGAAGAUGGUAUGCUGUUUCCCAACAUGUAAACAGUGAUGUGUGUUUUUUUUUUUUUAAGGGUUGUGAUUAAAACAGCAAUAAAAUGCUGUGCGCUAA